GUGUUCACCGCGCUUGCGCAGUAGUCCAGACAUGCUGCGCACUGGUUCAAAGUUUGCAUGGACGCUUUUAGGACCAUAACACGCUGUACACUCUUAAACUGAGUGUUUUAAUCAGCUGAUCAACCUGCUGCUGCUCAGCUGUUGGAGUCUGAGUCUCUGGUGUUUUAAUAGAAUGAGACGUGACGACAAGAAGGACGAGACUUCACUGUUCAGACGGGUGGUGUUGAAGAAUGCUGCGCUGUAUCACUACCUGAAAGUCAGCCUUGUGCUGGAGGAUGAAUCCACCAAACUGAGCGCGGUCGACUUGAAGCAGUUCAUCAUCACCGGUCUAAAGAAUCUCUUCGGAGAGGUGGGAGCGGCUUUAAGCUUUGACCUGUUGAAGUACGAUGAGGAAACCCUCACCUCUUUUCUACGCGUUCCAAGCAGGGAUUUGGUGAGGCUGUGGAGCUCCCUGACUCUGCUGGGCUCCUACAAGAACAGGGCCUGUGCCUUCAGAGUCCUGCAGGUGUCUCCGUACCUGCUCUCACUGACAGGAAACAGCCGAGAGCUGAAGCUGGACUGACGGAGGUGAAGGAGCAUCUCUUUCUCCAGGAUGAGUUUCAGGUGGAGCAGCCUCUUCAGUAAACCCAAGCUGUGCCUCUCCACCCUCACAGCAGCUCCUCCCUCCUGCAGGCUGCUCCAUGUGGGCCAGCGCGCCUCCCUCACCAAAGCCUUCUCCUCCCGCGACGUGGAGCUGUUCGCUGAGCUGACAGGCGACACAAACCCCCUCCACCUGGACCCCGUCUACGCCCGCACCACGUCCUUCGAGACCCCCAUCGUCCACGGCGUCCUCAUCAACGGGCUGAUCUCUGCCGUGCUCGGCACCAGAAUGCCCGGGCGCGGAUGUGUCUUUCUCUAUCAGGAGAUCCGCUUCCCGGCGCCACUCUAUAUCGGAGAGGAGGUGCUGGCUGAGGCGGAGGUCAAAAAGAUCAAGAUGUCGUUCGCUUUCAUUGCUGUGACAUGCUCCGUGAAGGACAAGGUGGUGAUGGGGGGGAGGUGAUGGUGAUGAUGCCCGAGGAUCAGCAGCAGAAAGGGUGAAAGGAGAAGAGGAGGAGGAGGAAGAGGAGGAGGACGAGAAGAGAGGAGGAGGAGGAGGAGGAGUGUCCUGGCAGAAACAGAGAUGAAAAACACUCAGCUGAGUCAUUUUUCUACACACUGGAACUCUUCUCCAUGAUGCUACAGUUUUUGUUUAUUGACGGAGUACUUGAAUUCUGACUAAAUGAAGCAUUGGGCAGUUUUUUCACCUGUUAUUUGAUGCGUUGUUUUUUGGAUUGUUAAGGAUCUGCUCUGUUUAUUCUUUAAUAUUUGAAAGUCUGUGUGGAAUAAACACACUGAAGGAAA